GUGCUAAUGUCAGCUUUGACUAUCAUAUUUCUCGAUUACAACACUUUCUGACCAUCCAAGAGCCAAUCCUCUUGUUGACUAUUCAACCCUAACCCAAGCUCAGCUUCCAAGUUACUUCUUCCGAAUUCACAAAACUGGGUUUAAAAAGCCUAUAAAUACCCUACCAUGACACAGUCUUCUCCAUCCAAUCAAACUCCACCUUCAAAAAAACGAUGAAGUCCUACAAUUUCUCUCCAUUUUCUUUGUUCUUCAUCAUCCCAUUCCUUGCCCUGCAUUUCCAUGCUUCGACCACAGAAGCUCAAGUUCCGCAAAAAGCCACCUUCACGGUUUAUAACCAAGGUGAUUUCGGCGAAUACAUAACCGAAUACGACGCCGGAUACCGUAUCCUCCGGCACGAUGAAGACAUCUUCUUUGCCUUCCCAUUUAGACUCUGUUUCUACAACACCACCCCAGGUGAAUUUAUCCUUGGCCUGAGGGCAGGCGUUCCCAACGACGAGGACUUAAUGCGUUGGGUUUGGGAUGCCAACCGGAAUCACCCGGUCAAAGAAAACGCCACCUUUUCAUUAGGCCGGGAUGGAAACUUAGUCCUAGCCAACCCGGACGGCCGAAUUGUGUGGCAAACCAAUACGGCAAACAAAGGUGUCACUGGAUUCAAGCUGCUGAGCAACGGAAAUAUGGUUCUCCAUGACAAAAAGGGGAAGUUUAUUUGGCAGAGCUUUGAUUACCCGGUUGAUACUUUGUUGGUGGGAAUGUCUGUUCGGAGAAACGGCAUUAACAAACUAGUCAGCCGGACUUCCGACGUUGACGGCCGUGACGGAAAAUACAGCCUGGUGCUUGAAAACAAUGGGUUCAAUUUGUACUUAAACAACUCCGGCAAGCUUAUUGCUUACAAUGGCUGGGGUCAAGAUCCCUCAAAUCGUCUCACUUCUAUCAGAUUCAACGCAGAACCCAUUGAUCAAGAUCCCAAAUCCGCCGGUUGGGAGCUACUUCUUGAACAAUUCAACGAGGCGAAACCGCCGCCGCCGCCCAGAAGGUCGCUCCUCCAAUCCUUUCCGGUGGGCAGAGAUUCCACAAUCAUUCUCCGUAAGGUCAAUUACAACGCGUCGAUUUCAUUCUUCAGGCUUGGAUCUGACGGCAACGUUAGAGUCUUUACUUACUUCGACAAAGUCCCGUACUUGAAAUGGUCGGAAACUUGGGCGUUCUUCUCGAGCUAUUACGUUAGAGAAUGCGGGCAGCCUGAAAAAUGCGGAGCUUUUGGAUUAUGCCAAAAGGGAAUGUGCGUGGCGUGUCCUAGCCCAAAGGGUCUUCUCGGGUGGAGCGAUGUUUGCGCGCCGCCGACGUUGAAGCCUUGCUCCGCCGCCGGUAAGGUGGAUUACUAUAAGAUUGUUGGGGUAGAGCAUUUCUUGAACAGGGAGUCCACCGGAAAUGGGGAAGGUCCGAUCACGGUGGAAGCGUGCCGGGACAAAUGUAACAAAGAUUGUGAAUGCAAAGGAUUUGUUUACAAGCAAGAUAUUAAGAAGUGCUUGCGAUUGCCGGUGCUUGGGACACUCAUCAGGGACGCAAAUACUUCCACGGCUUACAUCAAGUAUUCCCUCUAGAGUCUAAACUCUCAAGUUUGACUUGGAGCGUAAACACAAUGUACACGUAAUAAUCUUCUAAGUUGAUAUCGUGUUUAAACAUGUAAUUCUUGUGUUUAUUAAAAAGUAGCGAUUGCGUUCUAAUCGACUCAGUUAAUAUUAAUAACCGUUAGAUCAUUAUAAUUAAUAACAACUAUUAAAUUAAUGUUAGGUGUCCUUAAAACUAAAAUACUCCCUAACACACUUGAUAAUAACAUUGCUAUCAAAAAUUAUUUCAUCAAUC